AUGCUGCUCAAGGGCGGCAAGGGCCUGACUGAUCCGGUCAAGACUGUAGAGGACAAGUGGGAGCUGCUGCCUGCCUUCCUGCAGGUCAAAGGCCUGGUCAAACAACACAUCGACUCGUUCAACUUCUUUGUCGACAAGGACCUCAAGUCGAUCAUCAAGGCGAACGAGAAGGUCACCUCGGACAUCGAUCCCAAGUUCUUCCUCAAGUACACGGACAUCAGCGUCGGCGCGCCGGAGCGCAACGACGCCGACAGCAUCUCCAAGGCCAUCACGCCGCACGAGUGCCGUCUGCGCGACAUGACGUACAGCGCGCCCAUCCACGUGUCGGUGGAGUAUACGCGCGGCAACAAGAUCGUGCGCCGGAAAGGCGUGCUGAUCGGCAAGAUCCCGAUCAUGCUGCGCAGCAACAAGUGCUGGCUGACGGGCCGCAGCGAGGCGGAGCUGGCGCGCAUGAACGAGUGCCCGCUCGAUCCAGGCGGGUACUUCGUCGUCAAGGGCACAGAGAAGGUCAUUCUCGUGCAGGAGCAGCUGAGCAAGAACCGCAUCAUCGUCGAGUCUGAUGCCAAGCGCGGCGUGCUCGCCUCGGUGACGUCCUCGACGCACGAGCGCAAGUCCAAGUCGUACGUCGCGACGAAGAACGGGCGCAUCUACCUGCGCCACAAUUCGCUGCAUGAGGACAUUCCCAUCGCCAUUGCCUUCAAGGCGAUGGGCAUCCAGUCCGACCGCGAGAUCCUGCAGCUCGUGGCAGGCCACGACGAGGCGUUCAAGGACAUCUUUGCGAUCAACCUCGAGGAGUGCUCGCGCCAGAAGGUCUUCACGCGCCUGCAGGCGCUGAACUACAUGGGCACGCGCGUCAAGGUCACGCGGCGGCCGAUGCAAGUGCGCCGGCCGCCGAGCGAGGAGGCGCUCGAGGUGCUCGCCAACGUCGUGAUGGCCCACGUCAUCGUCGAGAAGCUCAACUUCCGCCCAAAGGCAAUCUACAUUGCGACGAUGGUGCGCCGCGUGCUGAUGGCGAUGCAGAAUGAGAAGCUCGUCGAUGACCGCGACUACGUCGGCAACAAGCGCCUCGAGCUUGCCGGUCAGCUGCUGUCGCUGCUUUUCGAGGACCUGUUUAAGAAGUUCAACCAAGACCUCAAGAUGAACAUCGACAAGAUCCUCAAGAAGCCUAACCGGACGUCCGAGUUCGACGCGUACAACCAGCUCAGCUUCCACGGCGACGCCAUCUCCUCGGGCUUCAUCCGCGCCAUCUCGACAGGCAACUGGAGCCUGAAGCGCUUCAAGAUGGAGCGCGCCGGCAUCACCCACGUGCUCAGCCGCCUGUCAUUCAUCGCCGCGCUCGGCAUGAUGACGCGCAUCAGCUCGCAGUUCGAGAAGACGCGCAAGGUCUCCGGACCGCGUGCGCUGCAGCCGAGUCAGUGGGGCAUGCUCUGCCCCUCGGACACGCCAGAAGGCGAGGCAUGCGGCCUGGUGAAGAACCUCGCGCUCAUGACGCACAUCACGACCGACGUCGAGGAGAAGCCCAUCUUUGACGUUGCCGUGCUGCUCGGGGUGGAAGACAUCAACAUGAUCACCGGCGCCGAGCUGUACCGCGACGACUCGUACGUGGUGUACAUCAACGGCAGCGUCAUUGGCGUGACGCGCUUCCCGGUGCGCUUCGUGCAGAGCUUCCGCCGCCUGCGGCGAGCCGGGCGCUUCUCCGAGUUUGUGAGCAUCUACACGAAUAGCCACCACCGCGCAGUGCACAUUGCGUCGGACGGCGGCCGCAUCUGCCGGCCCAUGAUCAUCGUGGAGAAUGGACAAAGCAAAGUCACGUCGGAGCACAUCCGCCAGCUCAAGGCGCGCGCGCGCACUUUCGACGACUUCCUCACCGACGGCCUGAUCGAAUACCUGGACGUCAAUGAGGAGAACGACUCGUACAUCGCGCUCUACGAGAGCGAGAUCAUCCCGGUGACGACGCAUCUGGAGAUUGAGCCAUUCACGCUGCUCGGCGCGGUCGCUGGCCUUAUUCCCUACCCGCAUCACAACCAGUCUCCGAGAAACACAUACCAAUGUGCCAUGGGCAAGCAGGCGAUCGGUGCCAUCGCCUACAACCAACUCAACCGCAUCGACACCCUGCUCUACCUCAUGGUGUACCCGCAAAAGCCGAUGGUCAAGACCAAGACCAUCGAGCUCAUCGGCUACGACCGCCUGCCGGCCGGACAGAACGCGAUGGUCGCCGUCAUGUCCUACUCCGGCUACGACAUCGAGGACGCCCUCGUGCUCAACAAGGCGUCGCUGGACCGCGGCUUCGGCCGCUGCCAGGUGAUGCGGAAACAGACGAUCCAGCUGCGCAAGUAUCCCAACGGCACGCACGACCGCCUCGCAGACGCGCCGGUCGACGAGUCGGGCGAGAAGCCGAAGCGCUACGCGGCCCUGGAAGCCGACGGCAUUGCAGGCGUCGGCGAGCGCAUCGACGAGAUGGAUGUGUACGUCAACAAGCAGGUGCCCACCAACGCCAACGACAACAGCGCCGCGGCCAUCGGCGGCAUGUCCAGUGCCGAGUUCAAGAACCAGGCGGCCACGUACAAGGGCAAGGUGCCCUCGUACGUCGAUCAGGUGCUCAUCACCGACGCGGACCAGGACCAGACGAUUGUCAAGACGCUGCUGCGGCAGACGCGCCGGCCCGAGCUCGGCGACAAGUUCUCGUCGCGCCACGGGCAGAAGGGCGUGUGCGGCCUCAUCGUCGAGCAGGCCGACAUGCCCUUCACCGACCAGGGCAUCAACCCCGACGUGAUCAUGAACCCGCACGGCUUCCCGUCGCGCAUGACGGUCGGCAAGAUGAUCGAGCUGCUCGCCGGCAAGGCGGGCGUCAUCACCGGCUCGCUGCAGUACGGCACCGCGUUCGGCGGCUCCAAGGUCGACGACAUGUCGCGUCUGCUCAUCGAGAACGGCUACAGCUACGCCGGCAAGGACUUCCUGCAGAGCGGCAUCUCGGGCCAGCCGAUGGAGGCCUACGUGUACUUCGGCCCGAUCUACUAUCAGAAGCUGAAGCACAUGGUCAUGGACAAGAUGCACGCUCGUGCGCGCGGUCCGCGUGCCGUGCUGACGCGUCAGCCGACGGAGGGUCGAUCGCGUGACGGAGGUCUGCGUCUCGGCGAGAUGGAGCGUGACUGUCUCAUCGGCUACGGCGCUACGCAGCUGCUUCUCGAGCGUCUGAUGAUCAGCUCGGAUGCGUUUGUCGUCAACGUCUGCCAGCGCUGCGGUCUGAUCGGCUACAACGGCUACUGCAAGUACUGCCGAUCGAGCAAGGAAGUUGUCAGCCUCACGAUCCCUUACGCCACCAAGCUGCUCAUCAACGAACUGAUGGCGAUGCAAAUCGUGCCUCGCCUCGUCCUCGAGGAUGCCGUCUAA